AUGUGUGACUAUUUCGAUUGGAAUGAUGAUGAUAAAAAACUAAUGAUUUCACUUCGUUAUUGUUCACAUGAAAUAUGUGUAGCACUUACUCAACCAACUUAUUGGCAAGAAUUAACAAAAGGUACAUCGAUUUCAAUAUUAACAAAGGGGCACUUUGUUCCCAAGGAAUUGGAAGGAAUAAUUGCUAAUGAUGAUCCUUCUAGACUUCAACUUAUUCUUCAGAGAGAACAUGAAGAAGACAAAAAAAGAUUAGAAGAGAUUUCUUGGAUAAUUUAUCGUCGUUUUUUUGCUGAUCCACGAGAGGAUCCUGAACUAAAUGGAUAUGAUCGUGAUACCGACAAAAUAAUAGUAUCCGCAUCUCUGUAUAAUUCUCUUUCUAUAUUAAGAUUUCAUACAAAUCAAUAUUUGUUAGGCGUAGGGAAUAAUAAGAUAAUAGACAUUGAAAAUUUAUUGGGAAUUUCGAUUACUAUUGAUCAAUCUUUGCCAAACUUUUAUCGUUUUUUAACUCCUAGUAACAAAGAUACGACUAUUACUAACCUUUUUACUGUUCUAAUAAAAACACUUGUGAAACAAGCACAAUAUCAAUAUUUAAUCGCAUUUACUUUUCGUCACGCACCAUCUAUAGUAAGAUCUGUCAUUCGAAUGAAAGAAUUUAAUGAACCUGUACAGUUACAAUAUGCGAAAAAUUAUAAACGAAAACGAGCUGAGCAAGAUGAAAAACAAUCGAUAACAAGCAAUACAAAAAAAUCAAAAGCUGAUUCAAAUCAAAAUGUCAAAGAUGAAAUAACUCCUGAUGAAAAAAUAUGUUAA